AUGACCGAGGAGCCCGAGAUGAGAUUCCAGAAUUCCCGCUCCGACAAGUCGAUAGCGACUGACCGCCUGCAUCCGAUCCCGAAAGCCCGCUAUGGAUUCAAGGGCAACUGCAUGCGACUUGUGCCGGUUGCGCAAGGUAACGAAGAGAAGAUAGACCUUUUGGACAAACGCUUGGCCAACAUUGAGUCGUUGCUUCUCAAGCAACAGGGCACGGCGUCACCGCAGUGUUCAUGCUCUACUUCGACGCCGGAAACAUCAUUGCCAAAAGCUACAACCUCGGCGAAGGCUGCGUCUCAUAUUGCCACAGUAUUUGAUGAGGGCGAAGAAGUUCCGCCCGUCGAAGGUCCUUCAUCAUUGAAGUUCCAGCUGGCAGCAACAAGAAAGCUUACAGAAGCCGCCGCAAUCGAAAUCGGAACCUCAUGCUACGUCAACGCCUUAGCCACCGCGCGUCGGGUUGCGGGAUCUCAGAGUCCAAGAGGGGACGCUGAACAGCAAAAGGCUCAGAGGCCACUGACUUACCGAAGCAUGCCUUUACCGCCAACAUCUGCUGUCAUCAACAUACUCAGACAAUUGAAAGAAAGCCCUCCGAACAAUUUCUUUGUCCUGAGGUGUUUUCUGACAUGUUCGCAAUUUAUCGAUCUUUGCCGAAACGUGUACUUCUCCGUGGAUGACUAUACUUCUAUCGACUUCAUCAUAGUCAAUUCGGGGUUGCACUAUCUUUUCAUCGAGUACUUCUGCCCUGUCGGAAAUUCUGACCUCCAGAAGCAACACCUGGCUUGGGGCUCAAUGUGUAGGAACGCUCUUGCGGCGGCCGUGGGAUCCAUAAGCGCCGGGUUAUCUGCUAAAGUGGAGAACGUACAAGCACUCAUUCUCGGGUCUAUACACGCCAUUGAAAUGGCCAAGCCCUGGUUGGCGUGGAGGCUAGUAUGCCUCGCAGCGCAGAUUUGCAUGGCUGCAGGCUUUCACGACGAGAGUCUUAUUGCAGCUGAUGACAAGGAUACCAGGAGCGUCAAGGCUUUAUUAUUCUGGCAUAUCUACGGACUGGAAAAGACUCUUUCAUUACGUGUGGGAAGAGCCUCUAUGAUUGGAGACUGUGACAUCCUUAUACCCAAGGGCCAAGAAUCAAUGUCUCUGCCCAGGCUGUGGGCAUCGGAGAAGAUUGUGCCAUUUUGGGUGUCAAAUGCCUCGAUUCACGGCAAGUUGUACGACUUGCUGUACAGUCGAAGUGCACAGCUGGUCUCGCAAGAAGCCUUGUCUGAUCGUGCGGAUCUGCUGCUUGCUGACCUGAGAAUGACGGAGCCCAUCGAUCUGAUAAACUCGAUAGUUGCCUCUGCAUACAGUGCCACACCAAUGACAAGGCUGGAAGAUGUUCUCGCGGUAUCCUCCAAAGUCAUGUAUUACACAACAGCAACUCUGAUCUGCCGAGCAAAAACGUCGCGAGCUUCUGUGCCGCGUUUCUCACCGGACUGUCUAGAAUACGCCCGCGCGACGAUUGAUGCUCAUCUCGAAUGUAUUCCAUUGAUGGGCAACAAUUUGCACAUUGUGAAUCUUUACCUUCAUUGGCGCCUGUUACAAACCCCUUUUAUCCCCCUCCUGGUAGUGUUUUGUCACAUCGUCGAGACUGAAGAUAGGGAUGAUGCACAGAGACUCAAAAGUUUUGCAGACAGCCUGGAGCAAGGAGCCAAUCUGUCACCGUCUGCCAAGGAGUUUUAUCAUAUUACCCGAGAGCUCAAUACUAUUGCAGAGAAGCACAUUGAGACAAGCAGCGAGCAAGACUGGGCGUCUGUUCCGUCGCUUUCAACCUUUGGACUCAGCCAAUAUUUUCCGGCCAAUACUUUGACGGAGAAUUAUCCUUUGACAUCUGAACAUGUGCAGUCUACUCAAGACAUGGAGAUGAUGUUUGAUGAGCAGGACGUCAUGGGCUUCUUUUAG